ACGAAACAAUUGUUCCAGUUCAUUUGAAUAUGUGCUUUAAUUACAAAAAUUGUUGAUAAAACUGGAAACUGUUUAAUUAAUUUAUAAACUGCCUGCACAAUCUCUGGAAGGGCCAGUGCAAAAGGCUAGUAUACAAUGGAGGCCACUCGCACAGUCAGUUUUGUGUAUGCCUAUAAAGACUACGCUGGCAAAGAUUGCGAAGCUAAGUUGGAUAUAAAGUUCCCUUUUGAGGAUGACAGCAUUGAGGAGUUGGUUACUCAGCUUUUGUCGCAAAUGGAUCCCAUGAUGCGGUACUUGGACGAAGACGUUAAUUUGGAGAGAGAACUGCAAUCUUUUAUUGACCUAGAGCAUCAAAAAUUUCUGGACGACAGUGCGGAGAAGUUAAUCAAUCAGGCAGCUAACGGGGAGUUGGACUUGGAGGCAAUUGUGCGAAACACGGAACGUCUUUAUAAAGAGGAGUUGCUACAGUUUGCAGAUCGCGUUGGUCCAAGUGAUGAAGAUAUAUUUGCGCAGAGUUUUCAUCGGCUUGUACACUCUACCUCGUUGGAGGAUAUACUUAAGCGAGAACGUGGCUAUGCCAAGGUCAUCUCUGACAUGACCGAUCUAAUGGACAAUGAAGUGGAAACAUUGAACAACUCGCAGCAGCAGGAAAUGGACAGCAAGAUCAAUCAGCUGGACAUAACGACUACAUCAGAGGACAUUAACAAUUUGUUGGCCCAACAAUACACAACACAGAACUUUGUACGCAAACGCUAUGAAUCUGAGUUGGAGGCGAUGAUGGGUCAUCAGAAAAAUGAGUAUCGUAAUUGGAUAACGAGUCAAGUCAGUCAAAUGUUUCAAGUGUCACCGGUGUCCACGCCAUUGGGCAAUAGAUCCUCCAUGUUCGUGUCGCAGCAGCCAUCGAUGGAGGAAAGCUUUACCAUCCAUUUGGGAUCUCAAUUAAAGCAUAUGCACAACAUACGCAUACUUAGCGCCAAUGUGACGGACUUGUGCAGUCCUCUGCAUGCGGAAGAGAGCCUCAAUGGACUGAACAUGGCAUUGGGUCUAUACUCAAGCUCCCUUUGUGGCGUCGUGGUGCUGACACCAUCCAUACAGGCGCAGGCCAACAAGAACAUAAUCAAGAAUGCCAACAGAUCGACCGAGUUCCAUUUCGAUCAGAUGGAUGUACAGCUGGAGAAGAUUGAGAAGCAGAUACGAGCACUCAACACCAGUGACACGAGCAGCACUCCGAGCCAUGGUAGUGGAAGUGGCAACAGCGCUGAAAGCAGCGCAACAUCUUCGCCAAUUAAACAACAUGUGCCCAAGCUUAAAACCGGGGACUUCUUUAUAACUAAACACUCGAAUCUAUCACAAUCUCAUGUCAUAUUCCAUUUGAUCUCGGACGAGCCCAUCAACAGUCCCAGUGAAAUCAACUCUCGACAUCCAGUGAUUUUGGGACUGCGAAAUAUAUUAAAAACCGCCAGUCGGCAUGAUAUUACAACGUUAACCAUUCCAGCAUUAUUGAGACACGAGAUGAGCGAGGACAUGACUGUUCAGUGGUGCAUUCGACGAGCAGAGCUUGUCUUCAAAUGUGCCAAGGGAUUUAUGAUUGAAUCAGCCUCAUGGGGUGGUGCAGAGUUGAGCACCUUGCAACUGCUGCUUCCACACGAUAUAUCCGAGGAGCUGUUCACUACGUUGGCUGGAAUGGUGCCCAACGUAUUCCGUGUGGCAAAUCCAAAGAUACUCGUUGAUAAUAAUAAAUAAUAAUAAAUUAAACACUUGUAAUUUAUUUAUAUGAAUAUACAUUUUAUUCAGAUUCAUAGUUAUAUUUAUGUUUGUAUGUAUAUGCUUCGAUUUUUUGUUUUUUUUUUGUCGUUUUGCGCAAAAUGUAAAUUAAACACACUCAGAAUUUCUGUAAAUGUUCCUGUAUCCAAUUUCGUCAAUAAUAAUCCAUAGUUGUUAAUUAAAUUUCAAUGCAAUCGUUUUGCAAAC